AUUGCGCCUGCGUGCCGGAAGGCCUGUCUGAGCGGCCUUUACGCAGGCAUUGCCGCAGAGGAUCGUGAGCGGAUUCCUGGCUGUGUUGCGGCGGGGCUGGAGCUGGCGGGCACCAUGCUGUCACCGGAGGCGGAGCGGGUGCUGCAGUACCUGGUCGAGGUGGAGGAGCUCGCCGAGGAAGUGAUGGCGGACAAGCGGCAGAUUGUGGAUCUGGAUACUAAACGGAAUCAGAACCGGGAAGCCCUGAGGGCCCUACAGAAGGAUCUUAGUCUCUCAGAAGAUGUGAUGGUUUGCUUCGGGAACAUGUUUAUCAAGAUGCCUCACCCUCAGACGAAGGAGAUGAUUGAGAAAGAUCAAAAUCGUCUGGAUAAAGAAAUAGAAAAACUCCGAAAACAACUUAAAGUGAAGGUCAACCGACUCUUUGAGGCCCAAGGCAAACCAGAGCUGAAGGGUUUUGAACUGAACCCUCUCAACCAGGAUGAGCUUAAAGCAAUCAAGGUCAUCUUGAAAGGAUGAGGCUCAAGAACCAAGAUGGGGGGCCUAAGGCCAGCAUCCCCCCUGGGAUCAUGGGAGAGCAGACCCUCCAGCCUUGUAGCAUGCAAGGAUAGGAUCUGCCCUGUCAAGGGGACAGUCUUCUGGAGUCUGGUCAUGGUUGCUGUAAGAAGCUCUGUCUGUAGCACUUGGCUGCUCUGUGAAGGCAGGAGGGGCCCCUCAGCCUGCCUGUGUCUUCUUCCUGACCACCAGGGCUGGAUGGACACAAGACCCAUUGACAGGCCCUGGCAGCUACGGUGGGUGUGUGGGGCGGGCUUGUGGGGGUGUGCAGAUGACUGCAGCAGGCACUUCUCAACAAUGACUUGCUGUCCAAAUGGAUCCUGGGAAGGCAGGGGAAAGAGCAAGAACUUGAUUCCAACAUUCCUCUUGGAAAGGCAGAGUGACACUUUGAAGCAGUGUGAGAACAGAAUUGGAAUAAAGCCGGAAGGCUCACAGGUGGUUUCUAAA